UAACCAAUCAUAUACAUAUUACACUACACACCCUAAUCUCCUAAACACAGCCGCCAUCAAACCAAUUCUCAUCGUCUCCACCAAAGAUGCAGUGAUCUCCACCAACGUCUCCCACCGAAGGUCCACGACUGCCGACUUCCCCACUCAAGAUGCAGUGAUAUCUCUCGCCUCUCUUUCUCUCUCUCGCGAUCGCCAUCAGAAUGAAAUGGAAACCCUAAUUUCAAAUUACCGUGCAUUCGAGAUCCCUACAGCGAGGUAAUACUAAUUUCAAAUUAUCAGCGAUGGCUAAGCGCGAAUUGUCAAGCACAUUGAAGAACUUGAAGGAUCCGCUUAGGCCAGGGGUUAAGGAAGCAGUGGAUAUUUGUUUAGCAGCUGGGAUUACUGUGCGUAUGGUUACUGGUGAUAAUAUUAACACAGCUCGAGUCAUUGCCAAGGAAUGCGGUAUACUGACUGAAGGUAGGUUAGCCAUUAAAGGGCCAGUGUUUCGAGCUAAAUCAGAUGCGGAAAAACGUGAACUAGCACCGAGAAUUCAGGAGAAUAGGUGGUUAGUUCUCCAAGACAAGUAA